AUGUUCGAAGCUUUGUACGCUGUGGUUGUCGUCUUCCUUGUAGGAUUGAUCCUGAAGAAAUGGUGGGACCAGAAGAUUCCUGGACCGAGAGGUCUCCCGAUAAUGGGAAUAGCUUUAGAGCUGGCCCAAAUACCACCAAGAGAUAUAUUUGCAAAAAUCGAUUCCCUCAGACAAACCUAUUCAGGAAUUUUCGAAAUGAAAAUUAUGACAGAUUCUUAUGUAAUGCUAACUGAUCCAGAAUCAGUUGAGCCAUUGCUUAGCAGCUCUAAACAUAUCAAGAAGGGUAUAUUUGAUUAUAAAUUUUGGAGACUAUUCCUUGGGGACGGUCUUCUACUUAGUGAUGGAGCUAAGUGGCAUCACAGAAGAAAAGUGCUCACUCCAACUUUUCACUUCAAGAUUCUUGAAGAUGCAAUGACCAGUUUGGUAAAAAAUGCACAAUCUCUUACAGAACAAUUUCUAGAUACAGAAGGCAAGCCUACCGAUGUUGGAAAUAUUAUUAGAUCAUCUACCCUCAAAGUCAUAUGUGAGACAGCAAUGGGUGUAAAACUAAAUACAGAUGAUGAAACACAAAAUAAAUAUGUAGAGGCAGUUAAGAGAAUCCCAGAGGCAAUAAUUCUAAGAUACCUCAAGUUCUGGUUACAUAGUGAUUUUGUGUAUAAUCUAACAAAAGAUGGAAGAAACUUUAAAAAAGACCUCAAUCUUGCUCAUUCAUUCACUAAAAAGAUUAUAAGUGAAAGAAGAAUGCUUUACAAGAACCAGAAAGCUGACAAUUCUGAAAAUAAAAGCAAAAAAAAAGCAUUCUUGGAUUGCCUUUUGGAGAUGGGUGAAGCUUUAACAGACCAAGACAUUUGUGAAGAAGUGGAUACAUUUAUGUUUGAGGGACAUGACACAACAUCUGCUAACUUGGUUUUCUCUCUAUUUCUUCUGGCCAAUCAUCCUGAGGAACAGGAAAAGGUUGUUGAGGAACUGAUAGAAAUAUUUGGUGAAACAGAUAGGCCACCUACGCUCUCAGAUUUGGCCAAAAUGAAUUAUCUUGAAAUGGUGAUUAAAGAAUCAUUGCGAUUAUAUCCCAGUGUGCCACUUAUUUCUAGAAGUUUAACCGAAGAUUUGAAAUUAGGUGCAGACGUGAUUAUUCCUGCUGGCUAUACAGCUGUUGUUGCUCCUUUCCUAGUUCAUCGCUCUAAAACUCACUGGGAAAAUCCAGAGGAAUUCAGACCAGAACGUUUUAUGCCUGGAACCCCUCGGCAUCCUUUCGCUUUUAUUCCUUUUUCUGCAGGUCCAAGGAAUUGUAUAGGUCAAAAGUUUGCAAUGAUGGAAUUGAAAACAAUGUUGUCUUCAGUUUUAAGGAAAUGUAAAUUGGAAGCAGUUACAAAGGAAGUAAAUAUCUUACCCACUGGGAUCAUCAAGAGUGAAGAAACAAUAUUAAUGAAAAUUUACAAGAGAAAUUUGUAA